AUGAUAUUCAGAUCCAUAAUAUUGGUCAUCUUUACUUUGUUUUCAAGUUCCCAUGCAGUAUUGGAAAAACAAGCUGUCAUGAAUGGGACAGCAGGUCGCGAAGGUCAAUUUCCAUAUCAAGUAUCUCUACAAAUAAUAACUCCAAAUAGUGGAAUUCAUUUUUGUGGAGGAUCUAUUAUAAAUAAACGCUAUAUAUUGACUGCUGCUCAUUGUAUAUAUGUGGAUUAUGAACCAAAGGAAGAUUCAACUACAUCAAGUUCAGAUGUUGAAAGUUCUGAUUUCGAGUAUUCAUACACUGAGACUUCGAAUAAAGAAAGCUUGGACAAUUUGAAUGCCGAAAUUUCAGAUAACGAAGCUUCUGACUUUAAGCUCUUCUAUUCUGAAUAUGCAGACUAUAAAAAAUAUGAUCUGCAGAAGUCGUCUUCUGAAAGUCCCAGUGAAUCUGAAUAUGAUAAUUGGGACUAUGAAGAAAAUUACAGUUCUAUGAGGUUUCUAAGUCCAGAAUUUAUACAAGUUGUUGCUGGUAUUACCAAAUUAGAUGAUAAAAAUGCUGCAAUUUAUAAAGUAGAAGAAAUUAUUAAACAUGAAUACUACGGAGAUAAUUUAUUCCUACCGUAUAUGGCUGAUAUCGCAUUACUCAGAGUUGCAAAGGAUAUGGAAUUCAAUGAUAAAGUACAACCAGUUAAAUUAGCUUCUUCAGAAAAUUCAGAAGAUCUUCUCGCAGUAGGUGCUUCUGUAAUACUCACUGGUUGGGGCUAUACGGAACAAUGCAUGGGUGAUUCUGGAGGUCCUGUUGUAGACGAAAGAGGAGUUCAAGUGGGUAUUGUAAGCCUUAGUAUCGACGAUCUUCCAGAUGUCUCGACGAGUGUGUGGUUGUGGUCAGAAUGGAUCGCCCAUGCUUCUAAUAUAGAGGAAAUUAAGUCACCUUGA